UGUGUGUGUAAAAAAAAAGUACAACUCCUCCUACUCCACUCUGCACGUAGUAUACUUUUGUAUCGUGCGUUCCUGGAAUACAGUGUUUAUUUUUCGAGUAACCCUUUCCUUCUCUCCGCCCUCUUACACCUCUUUUUAACCCCUUCCUUACCUUUUUCUUUUCUCCUUCCUCCAUUAUCCUCAUUAGUCCCGCCUCCAACAUGACCUUUUCGCGGAUGGAGGCUGCGCUCGAAGAUGCUUUUGUCGAAUGGAUCAACACGUUUGACGGCAAGUCCGGUCCUAUCGACACUGUGGUCGAGCUUUCAGACGGUAGCAUACUUUCCAGCGUGCUUAUAGAUAUUGACGGCAAGUGGUUCAGACAACUGGGCAGCAACGAGGCUGGCGGUGCCCUGACGAGCAAGAACAAGCGCAACAGUGACGGAAGCAAUAACACUGCCACCAACGGCAACAGCACCUGGGUCGUCCGUUUCAACACGAUCAAAAAAAUGCACAAGCUUAUCACGCGAUACUUUGAUGAAGUUCUCGGACAGGACGCAGAGCUUUUACCAUCCAUCAACCUUGCUGGUAUUGCCAAAGACGCGGACCUGCAUGAACUAUUGUUAAUGUGCCAGCUGAUUAUUGCAAUUGCGGUCCAGUCCGACAACAAUCGUACCUACAUUGAUAUGAUCCAAAGCUUAUCUCAAAAGAGCCAACAUGCCCUCAUGUUAUCUAUUGAAGAAGUGAUGAAUCAUUUCAACAAUGAUAUGGAUAGCAUCAAUCCUCGGAACUCGCAACUGUCCGGAACAUCAGGCACAACUACUUCGAGAAGUCUACAAUUUGACAGUAGCGACAUGCCAUACAGAUACCAGGUUGAAUUCGAAAAAGUAAUCGUGGAGAAAAAGCAAGCCGAGUCAUCGCACAAUCAGCUAUUGGCUGAAUACGAUGAAUUGCGUGAACGCUUUGUAAGUCAUUCUUGCUUUCAAUGAUAGGCGGAUGGUAGCAAGUUAGGACUUGAGCUAAAACGGUACGGAAUGUCUUUGGUGUACUACCACCUGUAGGAUGACAUCAUUAUGGAAAAAGA